AUGCGCGUUUGCUCGGCGGUCGAUCAUCAGCUUGAUAUUGCUAACACUGGUGCCUUCAACUCCAUGCGACAGCCUCUAGAGCGAUGCACGUGUGGCUUAGCAAGACGACUAUCGACUGCUGCAGCUGUGAGGAACCGUCUGGCGGCUACACGAGCGUCUGGUUCUCGACUGAGCAGAAGACCUCCGCCGCCUGUUCCUGUUCGUCAUCGAGAUCGGAUACAGGUCAAGCCAGCUACAUUGUCGGAUACGACACCGAGCGUGCAGUCACAGAGUCAUGCACAGCCUUCACAGACGAGUGCAGCAGGCCUCGCGUCGCCUGCUGCGCAAGUGCCUGUGCAUGUGCCUGAUGAUCCGCAAGGCGUCUUGCAAGCGAGCGAUCCGACAUCUCAAGGAGCCGUCAGGCUGCUCUCCCAGUCUGGUCUCGUCAUUGUUCGACAGCUGGAGAUGAUGAAUGUCUUUCUGGGCUACGAGCAGGCGAACAAAUAUCAGAUCCUUGCGGCCAGUGGCGAAGCAGUCGGUUUCCUGGCGGAGGAAGACCUCGGCUUCCGGCAAGCCAUCGGACGACAGUUCUUACGAGGACACAGAGCCUUCAAGUGCACCGUCAUGGACAGCGACGGCGAGAUCAUCAUGCGCGUCAAUCGACCCUUGAGCCUCAUCAAUUCCAAGAUCUACAUCAGCAAAGGCGAUGACCCGACAAACGUUAUCGGCGAAGCGCAGCAGGAAUGGCAUCUGCUCAGGCGAAAGUACAAUCUCUUCUCCAAACGUGAAGAAGGGUUUGACCAAUUCGGCGCCAUCGAUACGCCUUUCCUCGGCUGGGACUUCAUCGCACGCAACGAGGAUGACAAACCCGUCGCAGCCAUCAACCGCAAUUUCGCUGGCUUUGCUCGCGAGCUCUUCACGGAUACUGGUCAGUAUGCGCUCAAAUUCGAAGCCCUCGCUGCCGAAUCAGCUCCUCAGCCCGAGCCCUCGUCGACUGGGACAAACAGCGAUUCGAAAGCGUUGACAGAAACGCCAGGUAACGCGCUCGUUCCCUCGCCCGAAUCUGCUGCCUUGACGCUCGACCAACGUGCUGUCCUCCUGGCAGCAGCAGUCUCGAUCGAUAUUGACUACUUCUCUCGAGCUCGCGGAGGCGGCUUCGGCGGCGGCUUCAUGCCUAUCUUCUGGCCCAUGGGCGGGGGUAGUGGAGCAGCAGAAGGCGCAGAAGCGGGCGCGGCAGGCGAAGCUGGUCAAGUGGGAACGCCGAUCGACGGUACAGCAGACGGAUCGGGACCUUUCCCGCUGGAUCAGCAAGCCGAUCAGCCCCCUCGCGAUACUGAGCCUUCUCCCUGGUCGAAUGAAGACGUCUGGGGCGAGUCCAACGAAGGAAUGGAUGAAGGUCAGCAGCUCGAAGAUCCCUGGGCGGCUCCUCAGGAACAAGGCGGGUCGUCCUGGGGCUCGUGGGGCGGAGGAGAUUCAGGCGGAGGAGAUGGCGGAGGUGGCUGGGAUGGUUGCAAAAUGCUUUUUGCUCGACUCGUCGCCAUUCUAUCGACGAUCCUGCCUGCAUCAGCCAUCGUCGUACGAACAUACUGCUUCUCGAUUGCUAAAGAAACGGCUGAUUGCAUUUCGACAUGCAUGCCGGGUGAUGCUACAUGGAUCAUGGAGACCUUUGUCUCCAGAGCUCUCGUUCAUGUGCGCGUCGAGCCAAGCCGCUUCGAGGCAAUCGCUGCCCUCACAGUGUAUGGUCCAUCUCGGCCCGAGUUCACGAUGACGCCUGCUAGCUUGAGUCCCAGUACGGCAAGCUACACGCUCCGGAUCAAAAUGCCAGGAGCUAUCAGAGAAAUUCUCGUGCCUGGCGAUGAUGAAGCUGCUCGACUCGAAAAAGCCUGGCUCGGAGCUUGUUGCUCGGUUAUCCUGGAAAGCAAGUUUACGCUCGGAUUCACCGAAUCGUUCAUGAUUGUCGGUCGACCGGGCGUGUAUGUUCAUUGCGGUCAAGGCUCAGGAAAGAUCCGUCCGGAUUUCGAUUGCGAAUCGAAGCGAGUCAUUGCAGAGUGUCAGACGACGGCAGAAGCUCAUUGCGGGAUCGCCAGAACGAGAGGCGCGCGAGAGGGCGGCUUGUGCGCUUGGCAGCCUUACUUGGUCCCUCCCCCGCACUCUACUUCCGAUCCUCUCGAUGGCUAUCUCAUCCAACUUGACUUGUUUCCGAGCGCUACGACGAGGUAUGGCGCCUCCUGUAAAUUGCCCGAGGAUCAGGUUGCACCUAGCGAGCCUGUGUGCUCUGCUCGGCCAAAGGAGCUGCAACCUUCUGCUGCUAUCUACAGUGUACGCUUGCGAGCAGGCCUUGUGCCGCUUGCACUGAGCAGUCGAUCGGACGAACAUGCAAGAUGCUGCAAGAUCACGAGGCUACAUCGGUUCGAUCUGUCAUUCUACAGUCGAACGAUGUCAGAAAACAAACUUCCUCAGAUUGAUAUCGAGUGUGGUCCAGACACGGACCCCGAAAAGUCAUGCAUCGACGUCUUCGCCACACCGGGCAUGCGUGCUUCUGCUUCACGAAUGCGGUUUCUGAUGAUCGCGCAGUUUCUGCGACCUGUGACAUCGUCGGCGAGUCUUGCAAGCUCGAGCCAUUCAUGA